AUGGGCGACUACGGCGAUCUCCUUGACUAUAAUUAUGACGACUAUGACUUUGACGAAACCGCCGACCCCCCCUCCCCCACAGCCGAGGGACUUGGAGAAAAUGAGUAUCUUUUACGGAAAGAAAUUCCCAAGUCUGAGAGAUACAUCUCAUCUUACACUAUGUCUUGA